UCAGAUGUUUUAUCCAUCUCUAUGGACAGAGGUGCAGUUGUUUUAAAUGUAAGUGGAACCAAAAUUCAAUCACCAGACCGAAAUUACAAUGAUGGAAAAACCCACUUCAUCAUUACUUCUGUCACUCCAGAAAGAUAUGAGCUGACUGUUGAUGACAAGAAACAAAGUAAGAAGAACUCAGCAAAGGACACAGCAGGGAAAAGCCCGGACAGCAUCAAGAAGUUUUAUUUUGGAGGCUCUCCCCUCAGAACGCAGCAAGCCAACUUCACGGGCUGCAUAAGCAACGCAUACUUCACUAGAUUGGAUCGAGAGGUUGAAGUGGAAGAUUUUCAGCAGUACUCUGAGAAAGUUCAAACUUCUUUGUAUGGAUGCCCUGUUGAAUCUCCUCCGAUUGCUCUUCUCCAUAAGAAAGGAAAAAACUCAUCAAAAGCCAAAGGAAACCGUAAUAAAAAGGUGGGAAGAGAUAAAGACAAGAUUUCACAGCCUUCAACUGGCCUCAAAAAACUGUAUCAAGAAGUGAAUAUGCAAAGAGAUCCUCAGUGCCACCUGCCCAUGAAUCCCAAGGCAACCGAACGUGCAUAUCAGUUUGGAGGAACAGCAAACAGCCGGCAAGAAUUUGAUCACAUACCAAAGGAUUUCAGUGAAAGAGCUCAGUUCUAUAUCAGUUUGAAAACUCACUCAUCUCAUGGAAUGAUUUUCUACAUCUCGGAUCAAAAAGAGAUCAACUUCAUGGCCCUUUUUGUUGCUCAUGGCCGACUCGUUUUUAUGUUUAAUGCUGGUCAUCAGAAGAUAAGGAUUAAGAGCCAAGAGAAAUACAAUGAUGGCCUUUGGCACAAUGUGAUAUUUAUUAGAGGCAAAAAUAUUGGUCGCUUGAUAAUUGAUGGUCUCCGAGUACUGGAAGAACCUUUCAGCGGUGAUGCUAAUACCUGGCAAGUCACUGAACCACUCUAUAUUGGGGGUGUAGCUCCAGGAAAAGCUGUAAAAAAUAUCCAGAUUAACUCUGUCUACAGUUUUAGUGGUUGUCUCAGCAAUUUACAGCUCAAUGGAAGAUCAAUUACUUCAGCUUCACAGACAUUUAGUGUAACACCUUGCUUUGAAGGCCCUUCCGAAGCAGGAACAUACUUUUCAUCAGAAGGAGGAUAUGUCAUCCUUGAUGAAUCCUUCAGUUUAGGCCUGAAAUUUGAAGUUGUUUUUGAAAUACGUCCCCGAAGCAGCUCAGGAAUUCUACUGCAUGGUCACAGCGUGAAUGGAGAGUACUUGAAUAUGCAUAUGAGAAAUGGACAGGUUACUGUGAAACUAAAUAAUGGAAUCAGGGAAUUUUCAACUUCAGUGACACUGAAACAGAGUCUCUGUGAUGGCAGGUGGCACCGAAUUGCAGUUAUUAGAGAUGCUAACGUGGUGCAGCUGGAUGUAGACUCUGAAGUCAACCAUGUGGUAGGGCCACUAAAUCCAAAGGCAACUGACCACAGGGAGCCAGUGUUUAUUGGAGGUGUACCAGAGUCUCUGCUAACAUCCACCCUAACUACACGCAACUCCUUCAUUGGCUGUAUUCGUAAUUUCAUGAUUGAUGAAAAACCAGUGAGUUUUAGUAAAGCAGCUUUGGUCAGUGGUGCUGUGAGCAUCAACACAUGUCCAGCAGCCUGACAGUGCACUGCAGCAGUCCUGAAAAGUACCUUAGACCACAGAAAGAAAAACAGAAGAAAAGAAAUCAUGUUCAUCAAGAGAAGAAUAUUGAAAAAAUAUCGAGGAUAUAGUUUCAUCUACAGAAAGCAGUAUGUUUAAGAGUCACUUCUAAUGUUUAUGUGCAAACAAAAAUCACCGAAGAAUAAAAGGCUGUUUCUUCUGCACUUCUCUUACUAUACCAC